UCCUGGUAUAGAUAGACACGUGCGUCGUGGGGGCUGCCUCCAGACCACUGGAUUUUUUUUACGAGGAACCGCACCGAUCGGGAGCUAGCUACCGGGGGCUGAUCAUGAAUUCCCCCGCAGGACUUUCCCCAACCCUGUGGCUGUGUGUGGCAGUUGUCUCGGUCUUUCUCUACCCUGCUGAAGUCGUGUGCCAGACCCACCAAUGGAAGAACAGAUACUCAUCCUGUACAAAGCAGUGCGGUGAAGGUAUCCAGACUCUACAGAAGUAUUGUUUUACCACGGAGCAGAUCCCCAAGCCAGCCCUGGAGUCCUUCUGUAGUGGCAUUCCCAUCCGAGAGAAGGACGUCAUCUCCUGCAAUACGUUCCCCUGUGGCACCUGUGAACGGACCUACACCAGCCCAAGUGGAACCAUCACUUCGCCCCAUUACCCGGACAAGUUCUCGAUACCGCGGUACUGCCGGUUGUUCAUCACCCUACCCCCUGAUAACCGGGUCCUGCUGGGUUUCUCGGAGUUUGUUCUGGAGGGAUUGAAUUUGGCUGCCUUCUCGGACUUGGAGGAGAGUACCGUUUGCCUGUGUGGUACGCUAGUGCAGAUUACCGACCAGGAGCAAAAUGGACGUUCCAACACGUACUGUGGCACCAAGCAGACCUUCAGCUGGCUGUCUGACUCCAACUCGGUGCUGCUGGAGUUUGUCACAGAAUCCUCGCAUCUCUUCAACCGCUUCAAGGGACACUAUGAGGCCAUCACUGCAAAGCCCGCUUGUUUUGAGCGCAGGGACCUGUCCGAAGUCGGUAAGGGUUACGUCCGAUCGCCCGGCCACCCCAACAAAUACGGCAACGGUCUCCAUUGUGAGUACGUGCUGCAUGCAGACCCGCUACACGCCAUUGCCCUGACCCUGCUAGAAUUCCAACUGGAGCCCAGUCCUGAUUGUGAUCUGGACUAUCUCGUGAUUGAAGACAUGUACAGUCGACGUCAGCAGAAGUUUUGCGGUACGCUGGGCGAUGCUUUGUGGACCUCGGAUUCCAACGAAGUCCGACUCGUCUUUCAUUCCAAUGCUUACGACCCGUACAAAGGGUUCGCCAUACUGUAUGAGUCCGAAGAUCGAGCGCCAAAAGGUAGCCAGAUUUUCACGGAACCCGAGGGUACGAUCACCUCGCCGGGCUACCCGCUUGUCUACCCGCCGGACACCAGCGCCCACUACCGCAUCCUUGCCGAUCCCGGCCGGAUCAUCGUGAUCAAGUUUACGGAGUUCGAGAUGGAACGGGAGGACUCCCAGGGGCAGCCCAUCCCGUUGCCGCGACAACGCCGCAGCACACUGGACGUGCUGCAAUACGAGAAGGGAGGCGACUGCGAUGAAGUGGAUUACAUCAAUAUUUAUGACAAACUAGCCGGACUCUCCGAUGACUACUGCGGCAAGCUUCCGCCUUUCACCUGGUUCUCUCAGAGCAACGAAGUCAUCAUACGAUUCGUGAGUGACGCGGACGAGAACUACAAGGGAUUCAGCGCCGACUACAGAACCGUUGAAAAGCGACCAGCAUCAGAAUGGGAGCUGGUAUUCCGCGCUGCCUCGGUCACAGAGACCGAGCCUGUCCGCAAGUGGCAGGACACCAGCCGAAGCUACGCGGAGUGGGAUCCCAACGCCAAGUCUGUCUUUAAGGAGGACUCGCCGCGGACUUUCAAACCCAGGAAAGUGAACGACUGGCAAGCUCUUCAAGUGCGAAAGGUCAAAAUCGAGUUGUACAAGGCUGGGAAAGUCGUGGCCGCCUUUCAUUUUAAGAAUCUGCCGACAGACGACAUAGACGACUGGUUUGAUUGCGACCAGCUCAUCUAUGCAUCUUACGAGGACCUCUUGCAUAUCGACUGUGGGGACUUAGAUUUCAGCACCACCGACAACUUUGCGAUUACUGACAAUUGGGGUUCAUCCGGCAUGACCUGCAACAAUGAGACCGCCAGACUUUGGUUGGAUAUCCAAGACCGUAUUCCUAACCCUGCCAUUCCCACGGCGUGUCCCUACGAACGCUCCGCGAGGAGCGUCGCCAAGUUCUUCUACAGCAUGGGGCGUGAGGCCGGCCUUACAGAGAAAGGAACUAACAUAGCAACUGCCGAUGUGGUGACGAUAUGGAUUCAAAGAGAUUGCGACCAGAUAUUCACAAACAUCCCUUCUAAAGUAGAGAUUGAGUCCGAGGGGUACGGCGUUAGUGCGGGCUACCCGAACAACGAGUAUUGCGACUACUACUUCUUGAAUCAACCCUACGAUCGUUUCUUUCUACACUUCAGCGAGUUCUCCCUGGAAUACGACGAAAACUGCAGCAAGGAUUAUGUUGAGAUAGAGGACCUGACUACCGGACGCACAGACCGGUUUUGCGGCAACCAGCACCACCCGUUGUUCACCACGGACGGCAACGCGGCCAUCAUGAGGUUCCGGACCGACAGCUACUCCACUUUCCCUGGCUGGAAGGGGGAAGCUAGCCUAGAGGGAAGAAACAAUGAAGAUUGUUCGUCCAUUGUGACAGACACCUCAGGGAACCUGACCAAUGCGGAUUAUCCAUUGCCGUUGACCCACUUCAGACUGCAGGGCUGCGAGACCCUCCUCCACGGUCACAUUGCUCACCGUGUGACCGCAUCUUUCACCAAAGUCAUGGUUGAUCUGGAGGACUGCCCCGAAUUGACUAUUAUUGAUCAUGUGUCAUCUACCCCCGUCGUUGAAGUCUCCGGCAGGAUCCUGCCGUUUUCCUGGACGUCCGUAUCCAACGAGCUGAUUCUGUGGUACUGCGCCAGCCUGCCGUAUCGCUCCUAUCUCUACUACGAGGGCAACUUCCGAGCCACCAUCAGCCCUUCUCCAGCAACAUGCGUUCAGUAUUUCGAUGCGGAGUUCCCCGGCACCUUUGAUUGGCCGUCGACGUCCCUGACAACGGGCGCGGAGAAUUGCUACAUCGUCAUACGCACCCAUCCGGUGCUGAACUACCGAAUCAUCUUGACCAUCAAGAAUCUCGUCCUGAAGGACAAAGAUUGCAAUAGCUACAUCAAGAUGACGGAUACCACUACACAGCGCAGCGACACCACGUGCACGACAGCACGGCAACCGUUUACGUGGACGUCUGAUGCUAAUGAGGUGAUAGUGCAGUUCCUCAGUGGUUCCUCGGUCAGCGUACACACAGUGGAUGGGUACUUCUCCAGCGGUCCCCGUCCCAGACUCAGUGAAAGCCAGACGUUCACUGGUACCCAGGGCUCAUUUACCAGCCCCAACUACCCUAAGGACUACCCCUCCAACCUAAGGAUGGACUACCUGUUCCACGGCAAGGCCCAUGAGAUUGUCUUUCUCAACUUCCAGGAACUGAACCUGGAGUUGCCAAGCACUACGCCUGUCGGCAGCCCGCGCGACAAGCGACACCUCCCUCGCCACAUACUGUACAAACGACAGGCCAUAACCACCACCAAGACGGCAUGCGAGUACGACUACAUUGAGAUUAAAGAUAACUUGGACACCUCCAGGAACGUCAAGUAUUGUGGCAACCAGUUACCCUUCAGCUGGGUUUCAUCUGCCAAUGAGGCGUUGGUGACGUUCAUCACGGACGGCAGCGUCGUCAAGAAGGGUUUUAAGGCAGAAUACAUAUUCCAACAGCGGCCGGAUCCAACCGGAUGCGGAGGGAUCUAUGAGACCUCCAGUGGGGGCUUUAACUCACCCGGCUACCCCGGGAUUUACCCACGCAACUCGGAGUGCACCUACUCCAUCCUGGCGUUGGCCAAUCAGCGUGUCAGGCUCACGUUCAACAGCUUCAACACAGAGUCGGACGACACGUGCGAAAAGGACAGUGUGGAGGUCACAGACAAACUGAGUUCCAAGGCGGACCGUUACUGCGGCAACCAACAGACUCCAUUCAGCUGGACGUCAGACUCCAAUCUGGUGUUUGUCAUCUUCCAAAGCGACGGUCAGAGACAGUAUGGGGGAUUCACCGCCAAGUACGAAUUUGAAGACCGACCUGAAAAUACAGUCUGCCAGUACAACUUUGACGAUCAAUCCGGUGAGAUCCAGAGCCCCAUGUCAUCGGGCGAAUACCCGAACCUCAGAGAGUGCAACUACGUUGUUACCGUGGAGUCCGGUUUCGGUAUCCACCUGACAUUUGUAGAGUUCAACCUGGAGGGUCCGGCACCAAACGGAGAAUGCGAGUACGACUACCUUCAGAUUGAAGAUGCCGUUUCCGGCUCUUCGGACAAGCUGUGCGGCAUCAAGGAUCCCUUUGAGCGCGUCAUCGGGACCAACCAGGUCCAGUUGAUCUUCAAGAGUGACCUCAUUGUCUUCUACAAGGGAUUCAGGGCCGUCUACGAGCAAGUAGACCUCAGCGCUCCCUCAGAUUGCGAUAAGGAUUUCAAGACUCCAUCUGGUAUCUUCACAAGUCCCAACUAUCCCGCCAACUACCCGAACAGCAAGGAGUGUCGCUACCGCAUUGUUGUGGCGCAGGACCAGCGCGUCAAGAUCACGUUUUCCGCCUUUGGUCUCGAGAGCUCUUCAAACUGCCUGUUUGACUACGUUGAGGUUUCGGACGUCGGGCGAAAUAACGAGGAGAAAUUCUGCGGCAGGAAGGUGAACCCCUUCAGCUGGUCGUCUGAGACCAACGACGUCAUGGUGCUGUUCCACAGCAACGAUAGGACGCCCUCUACCGGCUUCAACGCAAAGUACGAGUCCGAGGCCUUACCAGUGCAGGCUGCUGUCAACACAGGUUGUGGGAAUGACUACAACAUCAUCCUGAGGGACAGCACAGGCAAAAUGACGUCACCAGGCUACCCCCGCGAUUACCCCCUCAACAUCGAAUGCAAGAUGCGCAUCGAGCUACCAGACGGCAUGCUGUGCGAAAUCACCUUCACGGACUUCCAAUUGGAGGAUUAUUACCAAGGCAACUGGUGUUAUGACUAUGUGCAGCUGACGAGCAUUCCCGAUGGCGACACCGUGUCGUACUGUGGCACCAUGUCCACCCCCUCCACUUGGCGCUCCAAAUCCAAGUCCUGCGAGAUCCUGUUCUACAGCGACUCUGUUCAACCCGCCGAGGGCUACAAGGCCACCUACGAAGCGGUGGGCGCCUCCCCGACGCCUACCUCUGGCCCCGCCCAGACCGCACCCCCCUCCUCGGCAUGCAUGCAGGAUCUCGGGGGUCCGGCGGGGACCUUCACGUCCCCCAACUUCCCAAAUAACUACCCCAAGAACGUGGACUGUGUCACCACAAUCACGGUGGCCACUGGCAAGAGAGUGAAGAUCGUGUUCGAUAAGUUUGACGUCGAGUACGAAGAUCAAUGCGGGUGGGACUGGGUUCAGAUUACGGACUUGGGCACCAACGAAGCGAUCAAGUACUGCGGCGUGUACAGCAGUGGCCUGGACUACCAAUCGACGACCGACGCAGUCAGAGUAACCCUGCACAGCGACAACUUUGUACCCCGACCAGGUUACUCUGCCGAGUUUACCGCCGUCCCGUAGUUUAUUCAACAUAAUCCAAUACACGCAUUUGCAAAAGGGCAAUUUCCAGCGUUAUGUGUGUGACCGAGCUUUUAAGAGCUCAGUGAAUAAACCCGAAAAUGAAUUUUUCAAAUCGUCUACACCCAUUAUCUAGUAAUGGUCAAGGAGAUUACAGACUAGGAGUUUGGGAUCAUUUCUCUGAAUCGUUAAUUAGAUAUCAUGGUUCAUUGGCUCUGUCACGGACAUUACAACUCCCUUGCAUAACUCCAGAAUAUCCCGUAAUCUAAUUUGUGUGUACCUAAUGUACUUAUUUAUUUGCAGGAGAGCAUAAAACAAAUUGAAAUUGAAAAAUGAACUUCCAUGAUUUAUUUUAAUACAGAUAUUUAUUUAACAUAAUUCAGUACGAACAUUUUGCAUAAUCUAAUUUAUUGAAUGAUGUUUACGUAUUUAUUGGCAGGAUUGAAUAAUAAAAAAAACCUAAAUUGAGAAAUUCGAA